AUGCGCAUCACCGAACUCAUCAUCGACGGCUUCAAGUCGUACGCCGUGCGCACCGUCAUCUCUCCCUGGGAUGCCACCUUCAACGCCAUCACCGGCCUCAAUGGCUCCGGCAAGUCCAACAUCCUUGAUGCCAUCUGUUUCUGCUUGGGCAUCGGGCGCUUCGAGCUCCUUCGCGCAAAUGGCGGCGCCAGCGAUCUCAUCUACAAACGCGGCCAGGCCGGCAUCACCAAGGCCUCCGUCACCCUCGUCUUCGACAACUCCGACAAGGCAAAGUCGCCCAUCGGCUUCGAGGAUUACGCCAGCAUUUCGGUCACGCGACAGAUUGUCUUGGGAGGCACCAGCAAAUACCUCAUCAACGGCCACCGCGCGCAGCAACAGACGGUGCAGAACCUCUUCCAAUCCGUCCAGCUGAACAUCAACAACCCCAACUUCCUCAUCAUGCAGGGCCGCAUCACCAAAGUCCUCAACAUGAAGAGCACGGAGAUCCUGGGCAUGGUCGAGGAGGCGGCGGGCACGCGCAUGUUUGAGGAUCGACGCGAGAAGGCGCUGCGCACGCUGGCGAAGAAGCAGGGCAAGGUGGAAGAGCUGGAAGGGUUGCUCAAGGACGAGAUUGAGCCCAAGCUGGACAAACUUCGCAACGAAAAGCGCGCCUUCCUCGAGUUCCAAAGCACCCAGUCCGAUCUCGAGCGCCUGACGAAACUCGUGGUCGCCUACGACUACAUCAAGUCAAAGCAGAAGCUGGAGCAAAGCGCGCAAGAUCUUGCCGCGCAAAGAGAGCGGGUGGAGAUGCUGGAGAGUAAUGCGGACAAGCUGAAGCGGGAGAUCGGUGUCUUGGAGGAGGAUCUGGAGAGGGUGCGCGCUACACGCGAUCAGGAGCUGCGAAAAGGAGGAAGGUUUGGAAAGUUGGAGGAAGCUGUCAAGACCCACUCUCACGAGCUGGUCCGACUCGCGACGGUGAUCGAUUUGAAGAAGGCUUCUGUGACAGAAGAGCAGGACCGGCUGAAGAAAGCCCAAGCCUCCGUGAAAGACCUCGAGAAGCAGCUCAAGCAAAAGGGGGACGCGCACCAAAAGCUCCAACACAAAUUCGACGGCGCAAGCAAGGACCUCGAGGAGCAGAAAGCAGAGGUGGAGAAGAAGGAGGAGCUCCUCCAAACCCUCCAGACCGGCAUUUCCUCCAAUGCUGCCUCUGAUGGUGGCUACGCCGGGCAGCUCUCCGCAGCACGAGACGCUGCAAGCAAAGCCGGAACGGAGAUUGAACAGGCAAAACUCAAAAUCAGCCAUCUCGAGGCGCGGGUCAAAGAAGAUGAGCCGCGCGCGAAGAAGGCCGAGAAGGAGAACAGCGGACUGUUGAGUGACCUCGAACUACUCCGCUCCCAGGCCGGCAAGCUGGAGAAGGAGCUGCAAAAGCUGGGCUUCGAGCCGGGGCGGGAAGAAGCGCAGCAGGCGGAGAAGGCACAGAUCGAGAAGCGUGUCUGGUCGUUGCAGAACGAUGCGGAGGCACUUCGGAGGAAGGUGGCCGGACUGGACUUUUCCUACACCGACCCAUCCCCCAAUUUCGACCGGCGGCGAGUCAAGGGGCUCGUGGCGCAGCUUUUCAACCUCCCCGCUGAGAAGGCCGAGGCCGGCACUGCUUUGGAGAUUUGUGCUGGUGGAAGACUCUACAACGUUGUGGUAGACUCCUCAUCCACCGGUAAGGAGCUGCUCGAUCAUGGCAAGCUUCGACGGAGAGUGACCAUCAUCCCUCUGGACAAGAUCUCCGCCUCGCGAGCGCCGGCCGAUCGAGUCGCCGCGGCACAAAAACUGGCUCCUGGACAGGUCCAUCUCGCGGUCACGUUGAUUGGCUACGAGCAGGAGGUGCAGAAGGCGAUGGAGUAUGUGUUUGGCAGCACGCUGAUAGCAGCGGAUGCAGCGACUGCGAAGAAGGUCACCUUCGAUCCGUCGGUGCGAUUGAAGAGUGUCACGCUGGAAGGCGACGUCUACGACCCCAGCGGCACCUUGUCGGGUGGCUCUGCGGCGCAGGGCAGCGGAGUACUACUGACACUGCAAAAGCUGAACGCCAUCACUGCCGAACUCGAAGAGGAAGAAGACAAAGUGGCGAAGCUGGAGCGAGCGAUGGCAAAAGAUGCGCAGAAGCUCAAGUCCGUCCGCCAAAUCAAGCAAGAAUUGGACUUGAAGGCCCACGAGAUCCAGCUGGCAGAGGGGCAGAUCGCGAGCAAUUCCUCCAGCAGCAUCAUCGCCUCGGUCAAUGAGAUGAAGGAGACCAUCAAGGCCCUGAAAGACAACAUCCAGGACGCAAAACAGCGGCAAGGCGAUGCGGAGCAGGAGAUCAAGCGGGUGACGAAGGAGAUGAAGGAUUUCUCUUCCAACAAGACCGGCAAGCUGGAUCAGCUGCAAAAGGAUCUGACCAAGGCAAAGGCGGCACUCUCCAGCGCGCAAGCUACCAUCAAACCGCUACAGCAGGAGGUCCGAGACGCGAACAUCGAUGCAGAGCAGACUGGCGCAGAUUUGUCCGCUGCGCAGGAGGAGCUGUCCGAUUGCCAAGCCACCCUGCAGACGCACCAAGACGAGAUGAAGGCACUCGCGGGCGAGCAGAAGCAAGUGCAAGACCAGCACGAUGAAGCGCAAGCCUCCCUCGACGACGAACGAAAGAAGCUCUCCGGCUUCGAUGAGGAGAUGGCCGAGCUCGAGCGGGCGUCCAAGCGAAAAGCACAGCAAAUGUCCGACGAGAAGCUGGAGGUGCAAAAGCUGGGCCACGCGAUUGACAACUUCGCCAAAGCGCAGCAGCAAGCACGACAAGUGCUGACGACGAUGGAAAAGGAGUACGACUGGAUCCUCGAAGAGCAGUCCUCGUUUGGCAAAGCAGGCACCCCUUACGACUUCCAUGGGCAGCACAUGGCGGAGUGUAAGGCGAACCUCAAAAACGUCACCGAGCGCUUCCAGGGCAUGAAGAAGAAGAUCAACCCCGCCGUGAUGAACAUGAUCGAUAGUGUCGAGAAGAAGGAGGCGAGUCUCAAGCAGAUGAUGCGGACUGUGACCAAGGAUAAGAAGAAGAUUGAAGACACCAUCAAGACUCUGGAUGAGUAUAAGAAGGAGGCGCUGCACAAGACGUGGAGCAAGGUGAAUGAGGAUUUUGGCCUCAUCUUCAAUGAUUUGCUACCGGGCAACACGGCCAAGCUGGAUCCGCCGGAGGGUAAAGAGAUCUCGGAUGGACUGGAGGUGAAGGUGUGUCUGGGCAAGGUGUGGAAGCAAUCGCUGACGGAGUUGUCCGGUGGCCAACGCUCCCUCAUCGCCCUCUCCCUCAUCCUCUCCCUCCUCCAAUACUCCCCGGCGCCCAUGUACAUCCUCGACGAAGUGGACGCCGCGCUCGACCUCUCGCACACGCAGAACAUCGGCCGGCUCAUUCGCACGCGCUUCAAGGGGAGCCAGUUUAUCGUCGUCAGUUUGAAGGACGGCAUGUUUGCCAAUGCCAAUCGCAUUUUCCGCACGAGAUUCAUGGAUGGUACGAGUGUGGUGCAGGCGUUGACUCCUGCUGAUAUGCGGUGA